AUGUCAAGUGCAGACGAAAUUAGAGCUAAAAGGUUGGCAAAACUUGCUGGAUCUAGUAGACCUAGUACGCCACAACAACAACUGCAACAGCAACAACUGCAACAGCUGCCAGCUUCAAUUGAGAAGCCACACCCUCCAUCUACUGAACAGAGUACACCACCUGUUUCUUCACAAGAAAAGAAAGAAGGCGAAUCAAUAAAUCUGCGCGAGCAGCCAACACUAGUCGCCACCAAGAGCGACACACCAUUAGCCACCCCACCAAAACCAACACAAUCCAAAGAGGACCAUAUUUCCCAAUGGCUAUUGCGUGAAUUGGAGCACAUUUUCAAAAUCACGCUAGACUCAUCUAAAAACUCAAGAUCCUUGGUGUUUUUGCCCAACCUAGCACACGAAUUGCAGAAUUCUGAAGACAAACUAAAUGAAAAUUACUUGGACUCAAUUUUUAUGGAAAUCUUAUCAGAGACUGGCGUACCUGGAAAGAAGCCUAUUGCGUAUUUGUACUCAGUUUACCACGCUGCUUAUAAAGUAAGGAGGUCACUUCCCAUCAAGGCGAUCUUUCAUGAUGAAAAAGUGGAAUUGUUGAGCCACAUUGUCGACUUAUCGGUGAGAUAUGGAAAUAUGGGCUUGCAGAUCCCUGAUAUGUUUCUAUCUAGCAAUGUUGAGCAAGCCUUGAACACAAUAGUUGAACGCUUUGCUGAUAUGUCAUCAUUUUUAGUCGAUAUUGUCAAAGUUAGCUACGAAGAGGGUACUCUAUUAGAGCUCUUGAAUUUGAUCUUCCCAUACAUGAGUCUGAGAUUAAAGAGUAUCACGUUUAAGGAUCAGAGAUACUUGAAUUACUUGUCAGUGGUCGAAACACUUGUGUCCAUAAAACCGGUUGCUGCGGUAUUUUCCCAAAUUGCCGGGUUUCAACCGCCAUCAAGAGAACUGGGGUUGGACUAUGAGCACAAGUCAUUGUUGGGGCCAAUUUUACGUGUAUCUCCGCUUAUUGAUACUGCGGGUCCUUAUUUUGGUGAGGAUGUAAGCAAAAUGUCUCCCAUUCAAAUACAUAGUGCAUACGAGUCACUUCAAAAUGAGUACAAGGUUGCAUUGGACCGUUUGUUUGUAAUUGUUGAUAAAUUGAUACGUGGAUCAACAGAGACUAGAACUAAUGUCAUUCAAUGGUUGGCCGAGUUGGUCAAUAAUAGUCACUUGCGAAGAGGUAGUCAUGUCGACUUCCAAACUGUUGCCAGUGAUGGAAUGAUGUUCAAUAUAACUAUAGUCUUGAUAAAGUUGAGCAUGCCAUUUUUAGAUUACCCCACGUACGGAAAAAUCGAUAAAAUCGACGUGGAGUACUUCACAAAGAGCAACUUGAUAGAUAUAAAAGAAGAGUCAAGAGUAAAUUCAACAAUCGAAGAGGCAACCAAGUACAGUCAAGCCAAACGCGAAGAACUUGGCAGUGAUGCAACAAACUUUAUUUCUGACUGCUUCAACUUGACUUUAGCUUAUUUGCAUUACGGGGUUGGUGGUAUUUUCAUCAAGUACGAUAGAAUGAAGCGUACUAUUGACCAGAUUGAAAGCCAAAUAGGUGCAAUUGAAACUGGUAGAGCUGGUGCGGGAGCGCCAGGUAUGGUGGAGCGGAUGAGGGCACAGUUGCCCAUGAUGCAUAGUAGAAUCAAUGCAUUAAAGUCUCUGCAACAUGCGAUCAACGCCGUUUUCAGCUACAGGGAUUUGCAAUUGGAAAUUUUUGAUUUUAUCAUUGGUGCAACAGUGUUUAUAACCAGACUAAUCGAUCCGAAGCAUGCUUAUCCUCAGAAGAAAUUAAGUAUUCCCAUUUUCAAAAUCACAAAAGUUUCGGAACUAGACGAUCAUGACUUUUUAAAGACCAAAACCCCAAUUCCUUGGAAAUAUUAUCCUGAAUUUCUUUUGGAAGGUAUUAUCAACUAUACAAAGUUUUCAGCCAACUUUAGAGGAUGUCCGCUCGUUUUGAAUGAAGAUAAGUUGAUUUUGUUUGUUGAGUUUAUCACCAUUUUAUUGAGAUGCCCUGAGUUAAUUGGUAAUCCUCACAUGAAGGCCAAUAUUGUUGAAAUAUUGUAUAUUGGUUCGCUUCCUAGGCAAGAUGGCCACCCAGGAUUUAUGGUUUCAAUUUUUGAUCGAAACGAGUUGGUUACCCAUAACUUGUUGUACUCGCUACUUGAUUUCUAUGUAAUGGUUGAGAAAACAGGGGCAUCGUCUCAAUUUUACGACAAGUUCAAUAGUCGUUACUACAUUUCGGUAAUUCUUGAAGAGUUGUGGAAGAUACCUCAAUAUCGAUUGCAGUUGAAAGACUAUUCAGAAAACAAUGUUGAUUUCUUUGUUCGGUUCAUUGCAAGAAUGUUGAAUGAUACCACGUAUCUUUUGGAUGAGACAUUUAAUUUGUUAAAUUCGAUUCAUGAUUAUCAAGUCGAAGUCAAGCGUCGCCAAACUGGUAAUGAACCAAAUGAGGAGAUGGGUAAUGACGAAACAUUGAAUAGUAACUUGGAAGGUGAUGAAAGAAGAGUAAAGUCCCUCAUUGCUUUAUCGAACGAGACUAUGGAAUUGUUUAAAUUAUUUACUAAAGAAGUGCCUCAAGGGUUUGUAUUGCCAGAAAUUGUCGAUAGAUUGGCUGGUAUGUUGGACUACAACUUGUCAGUGUUGGUUGGUCCUAAAUGUUCCAACUUGAAGGUUGCCGAACCGGAAAAGUACAAGUUUGAGCCGAAAAAGAUCUUGAGUGACAUUUGCGAAGUUUAUGUCAAUCUCUCUUUGCAAAAGGGGUUUGUUAUUGCUGUUUCAAGGGAUGGAAGGUCCUUCAAUAUUGCUUAUUUCAAAAAAGCCGAAAGUAUUUUAACCAAGAGGACAUUUGUUGAUAAUAGGAUAAUCAACCUGUUGGCAAUAUUUGCCACCAAAGCAGAAGAAAAUAGGCUUGUUGAAGAAAAUGAAGAGUUGGAAUUGGGAGAAGUACCUGAUGAGUUUUUGGAUCCGUUAAUGUUUACUGUAAUGGAGGACCCUGUCAUAUUACCAUCUUCUAAAAUCAGUAUUGAUCGGUCAACCAUCAAGGCCCAUUUGUUGAGUGAUGCCACUGAUCCAUUUAAUAGAGUGCCCUUGAAGUUGGAAGAUGUGCAGGAUGAUGUUGAAUUAAAGGCAAAGAUUACCGAAUUCAAGCAUCAAAAGAAGCAAGAAAAGCAACAAGAGAAACAACAGGAAGAUAUAGAAAUGACUGAUUAA